AUGAAUAUAUAUGAUGAUGAUCAAUGUAUAAAAUGUAAUAGCGGGUUAUAUUUAAACCCAAAUAUGAGAUUAUUAACAUCUCCUUGUGGUCAUAAAUAUUGUGAAUCAUGUGUACAAUUAGCAUAUAUGAAAGAUUCUGUCAUACAAUGUCUUGGAUGUACAGCACAAAUUAGGAAACAGAGUUUUAUGAAUCAAAGAUAUGAUGAUACAGGUUUAGAAAAAGAAAAUUCAAUUAGAAAAAAAUACUUAAAAGAAUUUAAUAAAACUAGAAAAGAUUUUAAUAGUUUAGUUGAAUAUAAUAAUUUUUUAGAAAUGGUAGAGGAUUUAAUAUUUGAUGCGAUUGAAGGAGGAGAUUUAGCAACAGCAUCAGAAUUAAAAUUAAAAGAAUAUCAAAAAGCGAAUCAAGCAUCAAUUGCAACUAAUAAGAAAGCAAAAGAAGAAGAGGAUACAUUAAUAGCAUCAAGAAUUGCAGAUGAACAAAGAUUAAUUGCAGAGAAAAGGAAUAAAUUUUUAGCUGAAGAUCAAAAAGAACAAAAUUCAAAGAAAUUAGAGAGUCAAAAAGCAAUGGAUGAUUUAGCAAAAGGUAAAAUUAGUGCAAAAGAAUUAAAAGAAAUCGAUAAAAAGAAAGCUGCAGCCUCUGCUGCUAAAUUGGCCGCUGCUGCAGCUGCCGCUUCAAUGGUAAAUGAACCAUUACCACCAAUUCAUGAAACUGAUAAUAAACAAUCAUUCACAUACCAACCACAAAAUAAACAACAGCAACAGCAACAACAACAAGGACCAACAAAUCAACAAUUACAACAACAACAACAAGUACUUUUACAAAUGCAAUUUAAUGAACCUCAGCCAUUGGGUGAAUUCAAAUAUGAUGAAAUGGCACUUAAAAAUCUAAUACCAACACCUCAACAAUCCGAUGUUGCUGGUUUUAAACAAAAAUAUAUUAGACAAAGAGCUUUUGAAGAAGCUUUUCAAUAUUUAUAA